AUGCGUCGUGAUCACGCUCUGGAGGACGUUGUCGUCGAGCUCCAGGACGAGGUUGCGGAUCUACGGGGUCAGAUCAGGCAGCUCUGGAAAGCUAUCCGAGAGCUUGAGUCGUCAGUGCACUCAGGAGGAGAUCGAGACAGCGAGUCCAGACCGAAUUCCCAGUCUUUGGACAGAUCAGUGCAGAGGCGGAGCUCUUCAGGAUACUCCACCAGUGACGAGACCAAGUCUCCUGAGCAGUUUUUGGUUGUGAGCGGCCCAGCCACCUCUUCUGUGGCUCCUACAGCGGCUCCUGCGUCAACCACCACCUCGCUCACUUGGCUUGAGAGAGAGGAGAUCUGUGAUCAGAUUGGACGAUUUUUGGCCCGCAGCAUCAGCGGAGGGCACCGAGGUGCGAGUGGAAGGGAUAAGAUUCCCUUACCUUCCCGCAUUUGGAUUGUGGUGAGAGACUACGCAGGGCAGAUCUACACUCCCGUGAAAGUGGUGAAAUCGUGGACGAGCUGCAAAUUGCUCUGCAAGCCGACGAGCCACGAGUGUGGAGAUAGUGUCUUUGUGGGGCUCCCAUCGGAGCGUGAAGCCAGGAGGGUCGUGCAGGCAGCACAGCUCAUCUGGCCGGCACCUGCUUGGCCGUCGGAAAAGUUGCCCUACAUCGUUGACGAGGGCACUGUGAAUUCAGAUUACCCGGUGGGGCUUUUUGUGGUCGACCCCGCAACCUUUGCACCUACUUUGCAGAUAAUUCAGAUAGGUGAGUUCAGCGGCCAAUUGUUGGUGGCUGUACCUUCCUCUGUCUGGCAUCGUACAGUGGCUUUGCGCGUGCUCCCCUCGAAGAGCCUUCUCAAACCUACUUUGGUUGAGGUGGCCGCUGCUCUUCCUUCCAAUCUUGCUGAGCAGUACAAGGACUCCACGUUGAAGGUAUGGAUUGGCUUCCUCAAGCCGACAGCAAGGGACCAGUUGGAGAUUUUGGAGGAAUUCGAUGUCGAGUAUUCCUUCGACGAUGCGACUGGUUUCUACCUCCUUCCAAUGGCUCAAGCUUUGGUGGAUGUUGCCAACGAGCACUUCGCCUUUUUCUCAGCCGAUGGGGCUGCGACAGAACCGAGCCUUUCUGGAGAGGACGUCGAUGGUUUGCCCAUGGACGAAGCCGAUGCUGGUUCGCCUGUGCCUUCACUCCAGAUGAUGGACCAGCGAGUCUCCCGAGUCGAGGACACCAUGAUGGAGGUUUUGAACGAGAUGAAGAAGCUGACGAGCAGUGCUGGCAAUCCGAAACCAAAGUCUCUUCUCAAAGCCUCUCCGAAGGCAAAAUCGUCCAAGACCCCUGCAACUGGAGUGAUGUUUCCCGAUGUGGCAGGUGCUUUUCCUCUGCUCGAUCCAGGAGUUGUGAAUGCUGCUCUCCAAGCGGGAGUGCCGAAGGAGAACCUAGAGCAGAUGCAGGCUCUGAUAGGGCAUGGGAAAAAGGGUGUGAGAGUCAAGGACAUGAGCACAUUGGUCCAACCGGACCCGUUGUCAGAGGAAGAAGUUGUGCACUGCUCCGACAAGGAGGUUGCCGAGGGAUCCUGUCUAGAGACUCAAGAUCCAGUUGCAGCUUCCCUGAUAAAGCUGACUUCUCUCAUGCAGAUCCUCACGGACGACAAGGUGAAGAGAGCAUCGACGUCGAGGCUCGAGCUGGCUCUCGAAGGAGGGGUUGCGUCCUCCGUCGAUCCCCCAUUGCAGGGGACUGGGAAGAAGGCUGCAUCCGCCAGAAGAGCCUUACGUGCAGCUUACGAGAAUGCCCCCGAGGAGAUCUCGGCCCUGAUCGAAAAGUUGAUGCUGGAGGAUCUUCACUCUGCAACUGUUGCUCCAGGAAUGCCUGUACCGCAACUUUGUGCCAGAGCUUGGGUCGAGUUCAGGUCAAAGAUUGGAGCCUAUCGUUCCUCUGCCUAUGCUGCUUGGUGUGCUGCUGGGAUUCUCGACUCAUUGGUUCAAGGCAAUGUGAAGAAGGCUCGAGCUCGGGCUGCAGUACUCCUUCUGAUGCUGGAUCAAGCCUCGAUAGACAAGGGGAAUUGGACCCUUGCGUCAGAGUUGGCUUUGGAGCCGGGGCCGCCUUUCUCGAACCUGGCAAUGCACCAACCUCCAUCAGUCAGCGAUGGGGAGCCUCCCUACAGCAAGCUGUUGGACAGCAGGUGGCAGGAAGUAGCGCUUGCCCAAAGACACGGAGGACUACCUCACCAAGCGGAAGAACCUCGGCAAGCAGUAUGGCAAGACGGGGAAGGACGCCACUGGAGACGAGCAGAACGAUGCCGACCCAAAGAGGAAGGCGAGGCCAAAGGCAAAGGCAAAGAGCCAAGCAGCGGGAAGCUCCACGGAUCCAUAGAUGCUGAACGUGGAGGUGCAUGUUGUGCCCCUCUCCCUGGUGAUUUGAUGUCUUCAUCGGGUUCAGGGGCUGUUAUAGUUAGACUCCCCGCUCUUUUGAAUUUGUUGCCUCGGUGGGUCAUGAAAGCAAGUUGUGCCCUCCUGGGUUUUUUGCAGUCCAUCGUGAUGAUGUCCCGCUGCAGUUCAUGCACUACGUCACCAUCUGGUGCCGCGCUCUCCAUGCCGCCUUCUUUUGGCGAGUUGUUCCGAUCUGGGGCCUUUCUUGUUGCUGAUUCCAGCACGAAGUGGCUGGUGUCGAUGCAAGUGGCUAUGUUCAAAUGGCGGUCGCUCAGAAGACCUAUGAGGGCCCCGCCUUUCCUUCGACUGGGCACUUCGCUGUCUGCGAGACAAUGGAGCGUGGUGAUGAUACUUUUGCACCUGGUGGUUGAUGGUACAACUUUGAAAUUCGUCGAGGUCCCUGGGACGGAAUGUUUCUCCGUUAUUCAGGAGGGGUACGAAGUCUACCUCUAUGUUCUUUCCUGGGUGGUUGAGACGGCGCAUGUUUUUGUGUGCUCCUUUGCUGGGUUCCGGCAGGAAGCGGAGGUUCAUUGCCGUGACUGUCUCCUUCGACAGUGUGAUCAAGGGAGCGGAAAAGUGUUGGUCCGCUGCGAUCUCAUCCUAAAGGGAACUGGGGCUGAAAGACCUUUGUUUCCCUUGAGUGGCUCUUUUGAUCCAACGCCCUACGGUGUCAUGGACUGCUGUGGGCUCUACGAUAUGCCCUUGGAUCGGGUGUCGCUUUUGGAUGAAGUCGCUACGUCCUCUUCAGUUUUCUUGCUUGCCAAGUCUGCCAACGGAAUGUUUGCGUUCAGCAACUUGACUGGAUGCAUCCAGGGCAUGAGGGUGACGGUGAGCCUAUCUGACCCCUUUGCUUGCUUCGCACUGGGACAGGGUUUGUCAAGUAGUGAUCAGGAUGUGGCGGACCUGAAGUGCAUGUACCACUCCUUUUGGGAAGUCAUGGCAAAAACCUCUGCUUUUAGUCCGUGCUGGCUGGGUGAAAUUCGUUUUUUGCAGCUUCGUCUAGGCAGUUUGAUGUGGCUUUUCGUGCUGGAGGAGAUGAGUGUUGCCAACUUUUUGCCAAGUUCGAAGUGCCUGGCCAGAGCCUACCGCCUGCUCAAACUUCGACCUGACUUGGAGAGUAGUGCCCUGUUGCACUUCUUGAAAACGGUGAUGCAGCUUCCGUCUCUCCAUUGUCCUGGUUGGGAAGCCGGCUCUAGGUCUCUGUACUUUGCCAUGGCUGCAAGUGGUGCUGAUGCAUCAACUUGUGAGUCGGUCGCACCUGGGGCAUUUAUGGAGACGCUACUUUGGAGUGGCAGCCGGGGCCUGGGUUCUUUUUACGUUUGUGGCGGAUGGAUGCUCUAUGUCGGAUCUCCUUCAGUUGAGUUUCAACAUUCUCCUGGAGACUUUGGCGGCUCACACCACAUCAACCUAUUCCAAACGAUGACUGAAGAGAGUGUGUGCUGGCGAGCCACAAUGCCUGGGGGAACCAGUGCUACUGGAACGGAUCCUGACAGAAGUUUUGCACCAUCACCCAAUCGCCAAGCCCCUUCGGCAGCUGAAGAUCCUCGACAUGGUGGACUCAACGGCCGAACAAACCUUUCGGCUGAAGUUGACGAGCUUCUGGGAGUUCUUUCUUGGCAGCAGUUUUUCUUCAGAGAAGGAGGAUUAUUCAACGGUGCUCGCAACUUGCACUAUGGCCGACGCAGACAGGCGCCCCUCGACGCCGACGGCAUUUGGUGCUUCAAGAUGUUUGGUGUUUCUUUGACACGCUGGAGUGCUUUGCAAGGCCGCCCUAGGUCGUUUCCUUUGAGUCUGACAGCCCGCUGCUGGAAGGCUAAACGUCUUGAUGUGGCCGGAUGCUCGAUGACGGGUUCGCUGCGUGUUGGUGAAGCACUACACCCAGGGCCACGAACCAGAGGGACGCCCGUGCGUUUGGGGGCGCUAUCUGAUGUGCAGCUCCUUACACCUCAGACCCUGGCACUGGAAGCCAGACAGCUCGACGCCUCAAGCGUUGGUGCCUUAACUUCAUGCCAGCGGUCGACAUUGAAGCGCUGUUUGCUACGGUGCCGCAGUUCUUGCCAUGGGCGCUGA